AGGAGGAGGAGGUGGCUAGCCGGCGCGCGCAAUGACGUCAGAGAGCGUGCGCCGCGCCGGCUGUCGCCUCCUCCCCUCAGACCCCCGCUUGGCCAGGGCUCUCUGGUCGUGGUGGUGUUUUUUUCCCCAGCAGCCCUUGCGGCCAGUGACGCAAAGUGGGCGGGGAAAGCCGAGCGCUGCCCGCCGGCCCGCUGAAGGGAAGAAGAAGGAGGAGGCGGCGGCGGAGGAGAAAGAGGAGGAGGGCAGCUUCUGAGGCGGACAAAAGAGGGAGGGAGGCAGGCAGGAGGAGGCGGCGGGCCUGGCGGAGAGCGGUUUGCCAAGAUGCUUUCCGAUUCUUAAAUUACUGUGAACCAUAAGUGUCUGCAGACUCAGCCAUCCUAAAAGCAGAAGGAGUACCAAGGAAGACUCGGUGCCAAUGCAGCAACAAAAAAGACAGCCAGAGUUAGUGGAAGGAAAUCUUCCGGUCUUCGUGUUUCCCACUGAGCUUAUAUUUUAUGCCGAUGACCAGUCAACGCACAAGCGAGUAUUGACUCUGUACAAUCCUUAUGAAUUUGCCUUAAAGUUCAAAGUUCUUUGUACAACUCCAAAUAAAUAUGUUGUUGUGGAUGCUGCGGGUGCAGUGAAACCUCAGUGCUGUGUUGAUAUAGUGAUUCGGCACAGAGACGUCCGACCUUGCCACUAUGGCGUGAUAGACAAGUUCCGCCUCCAGGUCUCUGAGCAGAGCCAGAGGAAAGCGUUGGGAAGGAAGGAAGUCAUCGCCACGCUGCUUCCCACUGCAAAAGAGCAGCACCAGAAGGAAGAGGAGGAGAAAAGGAUCAAGGAGCACUUGACGGAAAGUGUCUUUUUUGAGCAGACGUUGUGUCAGCCAGAUAACAGAAUUGCCUCAUCGGGGCCAAGUUUACUCACAGUCUUCCUGGGAAUCGUGUGCAUUGCGGCUCUCAUGCUUCCCACCUUAGGAGAAGUGGAUUCCCUGGUGCCUCUCUACCUCCAUUUAAGUGUAAAUCAAAAGUUAGUAGCUGCUUAUGUAUUAGGUCUCAUCACCAUGGUUAUCCUGAGAACAUGAGUGAUAAUUUAAUUGGAUGUCAAGAGUCUUCUUUUUUUAACUGUUAUGAUAGAUUCACAUCAUGAAUGUGGACUGCCUUUGACUCCCCAUUUGGCUCAUUAAGAUGCUACAGCAAAAAAUGAUUCAGUGAUUUACAGUACCUUUUUAACAAAAGAAAGCAAAAAAAAGCAAUGUUCUAACCAUGUUUAACUGAAAAGACUCAAGCACUUGGAGGUGCUGCCGUUACAGACCGUUCUGCAUUCUUUGGUGAAAUGCAUCGAGAGAAACUUUUAUCCUUACGCCGCCUGUACAAAAAAAAUAUGAUUAAAGUAAUACUUUAUUGUUUUUCAAUUCA